UAACUUUAUCAAAUCUUGACAAUUCUCUUCAAUUUUAAACCUAAAUGCCAACUUUAGGUGUAAACAGCUCUAUCAGCAUUCAACCAGUUCACCCUCCUGGUGCAGUUGCCCAACGCAAAUUGCGAGGAUUCAUCACUACACACUGCGCAUAUAUAGCUUUGCUUUGCUGAGGAGAGCAUCAAAGCUUAGGGAGCUAGCUAGCUCGAUCUCACCAUGGCGAACUUCCAGGCCGCGCUGCUCCUCCUCCUCCUCCGCUUCCUCCUCAAUCUCGCCGGCCACCGCGGAGAGGUUCUCUCGGUCUCGGCGGCGCAGCAGCAAGACCCACCCGGCGACGACCUGGUCUUUCUCAAACUGCGUAGCGGCGACGGCGACGGCACCGUCCUGGCCAUGCACCGCCACGACAUCUCCUUCGCCGGCUUCACCAACGGGAGCCACCACUGGCACGUCUUCCGCGGCGACGAGGACGCCAUCCCCAACGCCAGGCGCCUCCCGUUCCGCAACACCUACCGCGACCUCAUCGGCGGCCUCCACCACGUCCCCGGCCUGCCGCUCGGGAAAGCGGCCGCGGCGCGGGCCGCCGGGGUGCUCGCCUCCUACGACCCCGACGCCGAGGAGGGGACGGCGGCGGUGAAGCGGGCGGUGGCGGCGCUGUCGGUGAUGUUCACCCAGGCCCUGCGGCUGGAGCCGAUCAGGGAGACGGUGUCGAGCGGGUGGGAGAGCGGCGAGGCGCGCGUGGCGGCGGAGCACCUGCCGUACAUCGAGCACUGGGACACCAUGUCGUUCGAGGUCCUCCGGUGGAGGCGCACCGGCGAGUGGGACGGGCCCUUCACCGAGGUGCUGAGGAGGCGCGCCGGCAUCCGCAGCGCCGGCGAGGCGCUCGCCAUUGCCAAGCUGCUCGCGAACCGCAGCUUCGUGCAGCUGCUGCAGGAUCACAGCCACAGCGCCUGAUACUUAUAUGGAGUAUAUUCUGCAUUUGCACGGGUGCUGUUUCUCUGAAUAAAACGUUGCUCUCUAUGCUCUAGUGUCAGUUCGUGUGUCACCGUGAUGUCUGUGUUCGUUGUUCCCUUUCUGAAUGGGAUGAUCUUAAAUUUCAGUGUGUUUGAUUUAAGUCCUAUUGUGGUGGUCGUUUUCCAGAUCAUAUCACGCGCUUGUUACAAUGAGAACCGUUUGAUGGGUGUAGCUA